AUGACAAAGGAAACAAAGUCCCUUCCGGAAAAGAGCAGUGAGGAACAUUGCAUCCAUAAAAUCACAGUUGAACCUGUGAUAUUUUGUUACGCGUUUGGGAUAAUUCUUCACGUCCCAGUCAUUCAACAGUAUAUCCACCGACGAAUCGCCGAGGAGAAAGGCAUUAUCUAUAACACUACAGCUAGUCUAAGUAAUUGCGAUUCUAUGCGAGCCACUCGAAAUGGAGAAACUUUAAAAAUGCAAAAAGAAGUUCAGUCCGAAGCUUCCUUUAUGCAACUCGGCAUGGUGUUCUCUGCCAGUGCCCCGUCACUUUUGGUCGCGCUGUUUUUAGGGGCAUGGUCCGACCGCGCGGGGCGAAGAAGAGUGAUGGCUUUGCCCAUAUUUGGAAGUGCAAUAGAGUCAGCCAUAAUAUUAUGGGUUAUCGCGUUCAAUCUUCCCAUCCAGACGUUACUUUUAGCAGGAUUUAUAAAUGGGUUGUGUGGUUUCUUCCCAACAAUGGUUUUGUCGGUGUUUUCGUAUAUGGCAGAUAUUACAGAAGAGUCCCAACGUGCUUUUCGACUCGGAAUCCUAGAGGCAACUGCCUUUAUAAGCGGUAUGCUCAGUCAUUUAAGCAGCGGUUGGCUGAUAAACAAAACAGGUUACAAAGCACCGUACAUGAUGAUUUUAUCGCUUCACACUUUCGCGCUGUUUUACGUAGUUUUAAAACUUCCUGAGUCAAGAGCGAAACAUUUAAUGGAGAAUUCCAACGUAAAAGUGUUCAGUUUACAUCACAUCCGGGUCAUCAUAUGCAUCUUUACAAACCCUCGAUCUGGCGAAAGAUGGCGCAUGUGCAUACUUAUGUUUACCUCUGGCCUUAUGAUUGUGUCCUCGAUUGGUUUUGGCAGUGUCAUUGUACUUUACGCCAUCGAUCGUCCAUUGUGUUGUAAUUCUAUCCUGAUUGGCUAUUACCUAGCAACGAGCUUCUUUGUGCAAGCUGUUGGAGCCAUUCUUGGACUGAAAUUUUUAAAAAUGAUCUUAUCAGAGCAUACUCUUAUGCAAGUAGGAAUGAUAUCUGUGAUAUGUUCACUGGUUAUGAUGGCAUUUGUUAAAAGCAAGAGAGCGUUGUUUGUUGGUAAGUUUGGCCCAACUUGCAUAGCUGACACUAUCUGUAAAUUCUGGGUGGGAGGAAAAGCAUUUGAGUUUUGGUCCUAUAGUGAAUUAGUGCAGUGGACUUCAUAACGCUAUCGAAGAGAUAGGUCACUGUCCAAUGGAUAAUUGUUAACAACACGUACUGUGCUAUUCACCUGAUAAGGAUUAAUCCAGUACAUAGCGUUGUCCUCCCUUCCAACAACCGGGAUUAGAUUGGAGGGAUUGGGUUCGAGCCUUACCCUGAACUAACCAGGAAAGACGAUUUAUCAUGCUCAUACCCAUUGCCUUCUUUUUCCCCCCCCCCCCCCCCCUUGCCAGGAAAUUUAAAGUGAAUUAUAGUUUAUAGUCAAUAGUAAAGGAAAUGCUAGAGAAGGAGGAAUUUUUUUUCAUGACUACAAUCUUAACAAAGAAGGGACCGGCAAACUUUUUGGUCGUUUAACUCUCCUGAAAACUAGAUAAGCUCUUAGGGACUCUCUGGCGGUCAUUCUCCUACGCAGACUGCAGUAGUGAGAGCACUCGCCUCUCACCACUGUUGCACGUUAGGUAAAGAGCUAAAACUAUAACAUGUGAGCAUGAUAUGGUCAUAGAGAAGUAUAGCAGCACGAUAAUUGUGCCUUUAUAAUACGCUAAGGAGCACUAAACUUCUUGAAUGGGCGUUAGUUCCUUUUGUAGCCUGUCUUGGUGGGAUUCCAACUCCAGUUAUCAGAGCCAUGAUGUCCAAAAUGGUUGAUCCAGAUGAACAAGGUAAACAAAAUGCAUAGCUUAAGAAUUUAUCUACGACUUAUACAAAUAUUCUUUCAUCUGCCGAACUGGCAUUUCGGGAAAAAAAAGACAAAUCCUUCUGCAUACGGCGAACAUGGGACUAAUCUUAAAAUAGUGAUUAACGAUGAAUUAUUUUGGAAAGGGGCUUUGAUUUUGAGGAGAAUUCACCCGCUUACCUUGUUGCUCUCUUGUCUGAGACUAUAAAGAUUAUUUAGAGGAAAAAAUUUGGAACUUUAAGAUUUACCAGAAAUCAAGGAAAAGAGUACGUUGUUACUUGCCGAAUCCCAACUUCCACGUUAUUUUGAAAAAUUCCUCUUGUUUUGCUUUCAGGUGCAUUGUUUGCUGCUGUUGCGACUCUGGAGACAAUUUGCACUCUGUUUGGCGCCGCCCUAUUUAACUCCAUUUAUCCUUUAUUUUUACACAUUGGAUUAAAUGGGUUUUGUUUCCUUGUCAUGGCAUUUCUGAUGAUAGCUGCCCUUAUUUUGACCGAGUAA